UGCCUCCGUCUGCGGUGAAGGUGACACUCUCCGUCUCCUCCAGGCAGCGGCUUUCGGGGGGUUCCAGCUUUGAUAUUGUCCCGCAAUGUCUCCCGGAGGGAAAUCCGUGUUCACCAGCGUCCCGCAGGCCCCGCCCGUGGCUGUGUUCCAGCUCACGGCGGAUUUCCGCGCCGAUGGGGACCCGCGCAAGGUCAACCUGGGAGUGGGAGCCUAUCGCACAGAUGAGGGGCAGCCAUGGGUCCUGCCAGUGGUUCGGAAAGUGGAGCAGAUGAUUAACAAGGACCUCAGCUUGAACCACGAGUACCUGCCCAUCCUGGGCCUGCCAGAAUUUCGUUCCAAUUCCUCACGAAUUGCCCUAGGAGACGACAGCCCAGCCAUCAAGGAGAACAGGGUGGGGGGUGUCCAGUCCUUGGGGGGCACAGGGGCUCUCCGUAUUGGAGCAGAGUUCUUGAGACGCUGGUACAAUGGAACCAACAACACUGCAACCCCUGUCUACAUCUCUUCUCCUUCCUGGGAGAACCACAACUCUGUUUUCAUGGAUGCUGGGUUCAAGGACAUCCGAACCUAUCGCUACUGGGAUGCUGCAAAGAGGGGUCUGGACAUCCAGGGAUUCCUGGAGGACUUGGAGAAAGCUCCGGAGUUCUCCAUCUUCGUCAUCCAUGCUUGUGCUCAUAACCCAACUGGCACAGACCCCACACAGGAGCAAUGGAAACAAAUUGCUGCCGUUAUGAAGCGCCGGUUCCUGUUCCCCUUCUUUGACUCUGCCUACCAAGGCUUUGCCUCGGGUUCUCUGGACAAAGAUGCCUGGGCUGUCCGCUACUUCGUUUCUGAAGGCUUCGAACUCUUCUGUGCUCAGUCCUUCUCCAAAAACUUUGGCCUGUACAAUGAGCGUGUGGGGAACCUGACUGUUGUUGCGAAGGAUGCUGACAAUGUGCAGCGCACCUUGUCUCAGAUGGAGAAGAUUGUCCGCACCACCUGGUCAAACCCCCCCUCGCAGGGCGCACGUAUUGUGGCUACGACACUCACUACUCCAGAACUUUUUGAUGAGUGGAAAGGGAAUGUGAAGACCAUGGCAGAUCGAGUCUUGCUGAUGCGGGCAGAGCUCAGGUCUCGUCUUGAGAAGCUGCAGACACCGGGCACCUGGAAUCACAUCACGGAGCAGAUUGGCAUGUUUAGCUUCACUGGCCUCAAUCCUAAGCAAGUACAGUUCAUGAUCAAGGAGAAACACAUCUACCUGAUGGCCAGCGGCCGCAUAAACAUGUGUGGCCUGACCACGAAGAACCUGGAUUACGUUGCCAGCUCCAUCCACGAGGCCGUCACCACAAUCCAGUAAAUCGGUUGCAUGUAACUUUCCCCCUACGUUUUGGGUUGUUUUAAAACCAACAGCAGCCUUUGGAAAGUGGGAGUUUUAGGCAAAGAAAUAGAACACUAUUGCCUCUUGCCACUUUUCUGGUUAAAAUUCUACCACUCUCUGAAGCUGCUAUCAGCCCCCCUCCCCACUGCCUCAGUGUGGGAGAACAGAGUACCCAUUUCUUCCUUUGGCUAGAGAGAAUGGAGUAGAAAAGUGGCUGUGGAGUGAGAAAGGGUUAAGCUGCCCCCCCCCCAAGCAUCCCUAAGUUUUUGAAAAACCCAAAACAGUGGAAGAAAGAAACACACAACUGCAUGUAACAUCUAGUUUGGCCCUAUGAAACAAGAAAAACUGAAUCCCUCCAUACUGUAACACAUAGUUUGUCUGCUCCACCAACAGAGCUAAUCUCCCAUACCUCUUUGCUCAAUAUUAAUUGAGAACAGCACUUUUGUCUGCAUAGCUUCUUCCUGUCUUUUCAAUGGCCCUCGGUUUGUGUGUGUGAGCAGGUGGCAGUGGGAAUUUUCCUUCUUGGGGUCCACUUUGUACACUUGGUAUUAACAGCACCUAACUCUGGAAUCCAAGCACAUGGCCUUGUCUGCGUCUCUGUUUGCACUUUAUGUAACCAACCCUCUCUGGCCCAUGCCUGCUCCAGUGGAAGGGUUGGGCAUUGUGGGAUAUGUACCAAAAACGACUGGUCUCCUUGUAUGAGCUGCGCGGGUUACUUCAGGGAGCGAGGCUGGUGCCGCUUCCCUGGUUUCCAGCCUUGCACAAGCAAAGAUUGUAAUCUUAAGAACCACCUUUUCUGUCAGUACAACCAAUAAAACAUCUCUUCAUGCCA